AAUAGCACCCCGACGGUGCAGAUAAACGACAUCCGCUACCACAUUUUCCAGUUGGUGAUGCAAUACUUGUACAGUGGUGGCUGUACCAGCCUCGACGUCUUAAAAACCGACGUACUGGAGUUAAUGGCGGCAGCCAGUUUCUUUCAAUUGGAAGGUCUUCUACGCUACACCGAAUCGAGGUGUUCGGAAAUGAUAGACAUUGACAAUGUGGUUGCCAUGUACAUUCAUGCCAAGGUUUACAAUGCCAACAAACUGUUAGAAUUUUGUCAAGGGUUUCUAUUGCAGAACAUGGUGGCCCUGCUGACCUAUGACGAUUCUGUCAAGAGACUACUCUUCGCCAAGAAGAUUCCCAACCACGAUGUCCUGAUCGGACUGUUGCAGGCCCUGCAGCAACGCAUCAAAGAACGAAAAUCAAUGGGUCCGUGCAACUUUCGCCAACAACUCAGUUCGCCGUCGGUUUCGGCCACAUCAGCCUCGGCAGCAGGCGCAACAAAAUGAGCAACUCCAGCCGGUCGAACUUCCUAAAAGACUCUGUUGAACAGUUUUAGUUA